CCGGAUGUCGAACGCUGAAGUUACGUCGGGGAGCGCACACAUGGCGGCUGUUCAUACCGGUGUGCUGCUACUCUUAGACACGCUCAUUUCUGACUCGCUCACUUUCCUGUGUCUGUGAACCAGCUGGUCGAGGCACAUGCUUAUGGAGGAUUGCAGCCACAUGCGGUGGAUAAGGUGGUGACAGCGGCGCUCAUGAACGGUGAAAUCCACGGCGCGGGUUUGAAAAGCCCAGCGCUGGUGGGGUGUUUGGGAAAAGCUGAAGAGAGAAUAACUGAAGAUUGCCCUUGGUGCUCUGCAAAAGGACAGAGAAGUGCUCUAUGCUCAUAUGCCAUCAACUUUAAUGAAUCCAUCACUCUGUGCAGCAGUCCACUGUGCCUUUUUCCUCUUGUCAGCCGACCUUUGGAGGAUAUUCGUGCAAGUCUUUAUUCAGCAGAUGACAAAAAGGUGUGCAAGAGAAAGUCUCACAUGUCCGAGUCUAAAGUUUCAUCUCCCAAGCAUCUGAAAAAAGAGGAGUCCUGCAUUGUGCCUGAGGCCAGUGACUGCAGGGUGUCCAGUGAAUUGUUAGAAGUGAAGCGGUUUCCUUAUAGACAAGAGGAGCAGAAUGUGGUUCAGAAUAAUAUCCAGACAUGCCCUGAGGCCCCCGCUGCCAACAAUGAGGAUCAGGUAUUGUCAGAUACAGCACAGACUGAGAAUUGUGUAUCCAGCACCCGGAAGGAGACAACUGAGACCACGUUGACAGAUGGAGCUACGCAAGAUUUGAUCGAGAUGAUGCCCUACCAGCAACACUUAUUCUGGAAAAAUAAGGACAACCUUUGUUGGUUGGAUUCGUUGCUUAUUGCACUCGUACACUUUGGUGUAUUUAGCGAAGUAAAUUCUGGCAGUAACAGCUUUCUUAGCAAAAGUUGCCAUGUGAGGAACUUGUGCACAAGAUACAGGAAAACAUGUACAUAUCUGAAAUCCAAAGGGAAACAAUGCCAAGUGGAACGUGUUGUAAAAGUCCCUUCAGAUGUCCUGCAUGAAGCAGAGAAAGAGCUGGAAUCCCUCCGAAUGUGCAUCUUCCAGCUCCUCCAGCCGAAACUCCAGUGUGAAUUGGGUCAGAAAGAGACUCCUGUCUUUGCCCUUCCUCUACUGCUCAGGACGGAUGAGUGGGCUUGUGGGCUUUUUGAGCAUAGUGGGCAGUGGGAAUUCUCAUGUACAUCUUGUGGUUAUACUCUCAAUACCAGUGUGGAGAAGACUGUAACAACAUUUACACAGCUUGUGACUGACUGGCACCCACUCAAAGCAGUCCACCGAGCACAGUGCAGUAACUGCAAUCAUAAACAUCAAAGAAGGAAACUGGUCUUUCAAAAACUAUCGUCAGUGCUUGCCCUGCACUUUGUGGAGGGACUGCCAAGGAGGGAUGUCUCUAGAUACUCUUUUGAUUUCCAAGGCAAUCACUACGACAUUAGGACUAUUAUACAGUACAAUGAGCAGCUUGAGCACUUUGUCACAUGGAUCCACCAAGCUGAUGGGUCAUGGAUAGAAUUUGAUGAUUUAAAAUACCCACACUACAUAACUCAUAAACGGUUUACACUACGUGCCAGUCAGUUCCACCUUGUCUUCUGGGAGGCGGAGUCCAGAGAAGAUUCCCAGAUUUUUAUGUCGAACCCAGAAAAGGAGACACCUGUUGUGGAAAGGGGGAAUGAGAGUGUCUGCUUUGAAGAUGUGACCAAUUCUGUAACCAGUGACACCUGUAUUGUAGAGGCCUUAACUGAAAAUGAAGACCUGAAGGAAGCUGCCAUUAACCUGGAUUCUUCUAUAGGCAGUACAACCCUUCUUGAUGCGUUUGAGGGGCUUUCUCAUUCUGAUAUUGUCACUCUUACUCUGGUUGAGGUGAAAGAAGAUGAUCGGGCAAAACCUCUUCCAAAUCCCCAGGAAACGGUAGAGCAGGCUGUUGAAACUAGUCUCAAGAAAUUACCUGCUCCACAAACAAAUACCUCUAUUUUUCAAGUUCCAUCAACUCCAAGAGACAAAAUAAAUGAUGCAAAGAAUGUGACCUCUUCACCUGGAGCUCCUGAAAUUGUUCUUCCAUCAGUAUUGAAAACUUUACCUCUAGCCACAAACAAACUUCCAAAAGUGAGCCACCAUCCACCUGCCUGUCUCCCUUCCAAACACAGUGUCUCCAACCUGUCAUUCUUAGUGCAGCGGCACCCUUCCCUCAGUUCUACCCCACUGAGAGUAACAUGCCCUACUUCGCAACCAAAGCCAGAACUUAGGUGUGAAGUUAACGAUGCCCUUCCAGCCAAGCCUGCUGAGCAUUUUGGUGGCUUCAGAACCAAGAAUUCUCAGGAUUCUGAUCUUCCAGAAGUUCUAAGGCAACCUCUCGCAAAGCUACCAGCCUCUCAGCCCACUGUUCCACUUCCACAAAAGACUCUUCCCAUUCAGGCAUCUAAAAUUCUGAAGUCGGCUGGUAAAAAAACCACACAUCUGUCAGCAAGCCAGCCUGCCCUGUCCACUAUUGACGCCCUCAGACUGAAACUGAUGAAAAAAUUAAAGGCUAAGAAGAAGAAGCUGGCAAAGCUAAAUCAGCUGCUGGGCAGAUCUGAAGGCCAAUCCCCCGCUAUACCAGACAGCACUGACCUCAACUCCCCAUACUCUGUCACAUCCAGCACAUCGGUGUACAGCAGCACAGCAUGUGAUAAUUUUUUUGCUGAUCUACUAUCUCCUGCCACAACCAGCAGCAAUCAUUCACCUGAUAGCACAGGCCUCCUGGAAAUGAUGAACAACAGUCAGUGUGGUGAAACGUCAGACAUCAGCCCUCCAGAGAAACUAGCACUAUACAAGUCAGACUUUUCAGCCUCUUUGCAUCCAGGGCCCCCAGUGAAUGAUCCUUCCUCUGCAAAUGACAACUUUCUUGAUGAAUUCAUCUCAGGAUCAGAGGCACAACAGUCUGCGAUCGAGAACACUGAUUUUAAUACACUUGAAAUGUUCUUUUGAUCAUUGUGUAUGGUCUUCUGAUGCUCAGUCAUGCUCUGCUUCUGUAUCCAUUAGGGUAGAAAGUGCUCAAACUCAGAUUACAAGAGCGACUGAUAAGAACCUUGCUAACCAUAUGUUUUAUAAAAAGGGGUUUCACUGAUAAAGUUGGUAUGAAAGCAAGGUUCUGUGCAUGUGCACUGUGGGCAAAUUGAUCACAUUUCAUCUGAAAGAUUUGGGAGGGUAAAUCAGAUUAUAUAUCAGCAAGUCAUGGCUGAAACUUUUGUUUAAUAUCGUUUUAGGUAGGUUAUGUUUUGAGAUGCACAAGUUUGUUGUGGUUCAAAGUGCAUAAAUAAUGUAAUGUUUUGUAUAGAUUUGUAAAAUGUGUACAGCAUAAUAAAUUGUAUAAUUCCUGGAA